AUGGAUGGAGGAGGUGGAGGCUUGAUAAACUGGAAAGCAGCUCUUUAGACUCUCACUUUUCUGUCCCACAUCAUCCAAGCAGGACCUGCGCUGCCACGUGCGAGUCGUUCUGUUAGGUUUCCAGCUUGUCCACAGUACCCCUCGCAGCCAUGUGUGACGAUGAGGAGAGCACCGCUCUGGUCUGUGAUAAUGGAUCCGGUCUGUGUAAGGCGGGUUUUGCUGGAGAUGACGCUCCCAGAGCCGUCUUCCCCUCCAUUGUGGGUCGGCCCAGGCACCAGGGAGUGAUGGUGGGGAUGGGACAGAAGGACAGCUAUGUGGGAGAUGAGGCUCAGAGCAAGAGAGGAAUCCUCACCCUGAAGUAUCCUAUUGAACAUGGAAUCAUAACCAACUGGGAUGAUAUGGAGAAGAUCUGGCAUCACUCUUUCUACAACGAGCUGCGAGUUGCCCCUGAAGAACAUCCCACCCUGCUGACCGAGGCACCGCUCAACCCCAAAGCCAACCGAGAGAAAAUGACUCAGAUCAUGUUUGAGACUUUUAAUGUUCCUGCCAUGUACGUGGCCAUCCAGGCAGUCCUGUCGCUGUACGCCUCUGGACGCACCACAGGUAUUGUGUUGGACUCUGGUGAUGGAGUCACCCACAACGUCCCAAUCUAUGAGGGCUAUGCCCUACCACAUGCAAUCAUGAGAUUGGAUCUGGCAGGCCGCGACCUUACAGACUACCUCAUGAAGAUCCUAACCGAGCGAGGCUACAGUUUUGUCACCACAGCUGAGAGAGAGAUUGUGCGUGACAUUAAGGAGAAGCUGUGCUACGUGGCCUUGGAUUUUGAGAAUGAGAUGGCAACAGCAGCCACUUCGUCUUCUCUUGAAAAAAGCUACGAGCUUCCUGAUGGUCAAGUGAUCACCAUUGGCAAUGAGAGGUUCCGCUGCCCAGAGACACUCUUCCAGCCAUCGUUCAUUGGCAUGGAGUCAGCUGGAAUCCAUGAGACAACCUACAACAGCAUCAUGAAAUGUGACAUUGACAUCCGUAAAGACUUGUACGCCAACAAUGUGCUGUCAGGAGGCACCACCAUGUACCCAGGAAUAGCUGAUCGGAUGCAGAAGGAGAUCACAGCGCUGGCUCCCAGCACUAUGAAGAUUAAGAUCAUCGCUCCCCCAGAGAGGAAGUACUCUGUGUGGAUUGGCGGUUCUAUUCUGGCCUCCCUCUCUACAUUUCAGCAGAUGUGGAUCAGUAAACAGGAGUACGAUGAGGCUGGACCCUCCAUUGUCCACCGAAAGUGCUUUUAAAGAAUCCACUCCCCUCCUCAGAUUGAUGUGCUCUGCAGCCCCUCAGUUUCCAUCUUCAGCACUGCCUUUAGUUUAACUUGCACUGAGCACCAGCAACUACACGCUAUGUCAGCCCAAUUCAAACUGUGAAUCUGCUAAUUUGUCCUGCCACUGUAACAACACCUUUUACUCUAGUUGUGCCCUACCCUUCCCUUCUCCAUGUUGGUUCUGUUUUUGCUUAGAAAUUAACCUUGAAUGUUGGUGGGGGGAGCAGAGCACAUUUACACAGCCUUACGAUGAUGUCACAGAGUGUACAACAGAUGAUUAGGAGGUGUGGUCUUGCCAAAAGUGUGCAAGCACCACAGACAUGAUCUUCCAGGAAGAAAUAAAGAGCUCCAAUAAAACACAAAUAAAUCUUGUCCUUCAUGUAACUGUUGAUUAUCUUUGUUGUCAUAACAACCAGUUUUAAAGACAAAAAUAUUUUCAUCGUAAAACAGAUGUUACAUCAUAAACUGUACAAUAAUGAUGGAAGCACUUUCGAUGUAUUGGUUGCUUGGGAUUGAUAAAUGCUAUUGCUGAUACUG